AUGUUGGGCAAGAUCGUUCUCGAGGAGGCAUAUGAGCGCGCCGGCAAGGAGGAAAAGUCCAAGGCCGAAGCUGCCUUGUACAUUGCCCCUGAGGACCGCGCUCGCUACAUGCGACAGAUCCACGACAUCAACGAUGAGCGUGUUCGACUAUCCAAUGCUCACGGUAUUGGCUACACCAUUGUCUCCCUGACCGUCCCCGGUAUCCAGGGUAUCGCUGACAAAGCCCUGGCCGAGAAGACUGCCACUGAGACCAACAACUGGGCGGCUGAUCAGAUCAAGAACCACCGCGACCGCAUGGGUGCAUUUGCCUGUCUGUCCAUGCACGACCCGAAGCAAGCUGGCCAGGAGCUGCGUCGCUGUGUUCAGGAGCUUGGAUUCCACGGCGCUCUCCUUUGCGACUUCCAGCACUCUGGUCCCAACGGCGAGACCUAUCUCUACUACGACCAGCCCGCCUACGACGAGUUUUGGAAGGUCCUCACCGAGCUUGAUGUCCCCUUGUACAUCCACCCCGCUGCACCUUCGGAUGUCGUGCUAGAGAAGCUGUACGCCCAGCGACAGAACCUGAUUGGACCCCCUCUGUCUUUCGCAAACGGUGUCAGCCUGCACACCCUGGGCUUGAUCUCCAACGGAGUCUUCGACCGUUUCCCCAAGCUGAAGAUUAUUAUCGGUCACCAGGGCGAACACAUUCCUUUCGACUUCUGGCGUAUUAACCACUGGUUUGAGGAUGUGAAGCGGCCCAUUGCUCAGGAAGAAGGCCGUGUCAUGGCCAAAAAGACUAUCUAUGACUACUUCAAGCAGAACAUCUGGAUCACUACUAGUGGACACUUCUCAACUGCCACCUUGAAGUAUGUCGUCAACGAGAUUGGUGCCGAUCGCGUUCUAUUCAGUGUCGACUAUCCCUACGAGACCAUUGAAAACGGCUGUGGCUGGUGGGACAAUGACGCCAAGGCCAUUCAGGAAGCUGUUGGCGGUGUUGAUGCCUAUCGCCGCAUUGGGCGCGAUAACGCGAAGAAGCUGCUCAAGCUGGGCUCUUUCCACGACUCGGAUGCUCCUGUCAACUAA